AAUUUUACUCCUAAUUUUUACUAGUAAUGUCACGUGAUUCUACUAAUUGUGCCUAAUUGCCGACCUAUAUAAGAUAAUAUAUUUAAUUCAAAAAUUCCCAGCAACUCUUCCCCCUUUUAAAAACGCAUAUAGUCUAAUUAUGCAGAGAAUAAUCCUCUUUAAUUUAUGGCACAAACUCAUGAAAUUCCGAUGGCCGCCGCCGUGCUUGACCGCUGCCAAAUCCAGCCCUCGCCGGACACCGUCACGGAGCUGAUUCUCCCGCUCCUCCACUUCGACAUCACGUGGCUCUACUUCCACCCCGUCCAGCGCCUCCUCUUCUUCCACCUCCCCUGCUCCCGGCGCCAUUUCGUCGAAGUCAUCGUUCCCGAUCUCAAAUCCUCUCUCCUCAUCACCCUCAAUCACUUCCUCCCCCUCGCCGGCAACAUCGUGCAUCCGAUCAACGGCGGCAGGCCUUUCUCUCGCUUCGUGAUCGGCGAUUCGGUCUCGUUUACCGUCGCCGAGUGCGAUAAGGAUUUUAAGCACCUCACCGGGUAUCAUCCGCGGCUUUCGGAUGAGUUCUACGCGUUUGUGCCGGAGCUUCCGCCGGCGAAGAUCUCGCCGGAGGAUGUCGUUCUGCCGGUUCUCGCGCUGCAGGCGACGCUGUUUCCAGAUCACGGCGUGUGCCUGGGGUUUACGAACCACCACGCGAUCGGCGACGCGAGCACGAUCGUCCGAUUCGUCAAAUCCUGGGCUUCCGUGAACCGAUUCGGCGGCGACGCGAGGCUGAUCGACGAUAAAUCGCUCCCGUUCUACGAUCGGACGUCCGUGAGCGGCGCCGGCGCGCUGGACGCGAGGUAUUGGGAGCUCGUGCGGCGGACGCGCGGCGUGGUGCCGCGGCGGUUCUCGUUCCCGUUCAACAAGGUGCGCGCGACGUUCCUCGUCCGCCGCGACGACGUGGAGGCGCUCAAGGCGUUCGUGGCGCGGCGGCGGCCGGAGACGCACGUCACGGCGUUCACGACGACGUGCGCGCUGGUCUGGGCGUGCCUGGUGCGCGCGGAGGCCGGAUCCGUCCCCGACGACGAGCCGGAGUACUUCUGCUUCGCCGCGGACUGCCGCGGCCGCCUGGAUCCGCCGCUCCCGGCGAAUUACUUCGGAAACUGCCUCGCGCUGGUGAAGGCGGAGUCGAGGCACGGCCUGCUGAAGGGGAAGGAAGGAUUCCUCGUCGCGGCGGAGAGCAUCGGCGUCGCGAUCCAGAAAACGGUGUACAACGAGAGGGGGAUCCUCGACGGCGCGGAGGAGUGGCCGACGGAUUUUCGGAAUUUGAUCCGGAAGCGUCUCUUCGGCGUGGCUGGAUCGCCGCGGUUCGAUCUCUACGACGCCGACUACGGCUGGGGACGGCCGCGGAAGGUCGAAUCGGCGUCGAUUGACACAGACACGUCGAUGGCGCUCGGCAAAUCCAGAGAUUUCGACGACGGAUUGGAGUUCACGCUGUCGCGGCCGAAGAGGAUUUUGGAUGCGUUCGCGGCGAUUUUCACGGAAUCGAUCAGGACUCUGUGAGAAUCGCGGCGGCGAAAAUUAGGGCUCGGAAAUUGGGGAUUUUUUCCUGCGGCGGCGAGGCGGAUGUAUUUAAGCUUAUGAAUCUGGUAAUUUUGUUAGCAUUUGAUUUAACAGAUAUACUAUUGAUUUAGGUUAAUUCUUUUAAUUACGUGUUUUAACCAUUGAAAGAUUACUGUGAUUUAUACAUACUGUAAGAUUGUAAUUCGAUUUCGCAGCUACAGUGAAGUAAAUUCUUCAAAUGUUAUCUUA